AUCCCGGCCGAGAGAGUUGGAGCCGCGCGUGUUAAAGUUGGCUGAAAGACGGCUAAACGAUGUUGUACUGGCCGGUGACGCGGAGAGGAUAACGUUUCAUUCAUCUAAGCGGGUGGCCGAGAGCCACUCCGUUUACCGGAGAGGAUGGAUAUCAAAAUUCUUGGCCCAUGCCUUUUACUCUUCCUCGCUUUUCAGCAUUGCUCUGCACGGCCAUGCUUAGAUCCGCUGGUGUCUCCGCUCUAUGCCUCCGCUUUCCAUGCGUCAUCCAGAUAUAACUUUCUUUACUCUGCACACUUCGGCAAACUGUACGGGAGCAGUGGCUGGUCUCCUUCCCCUCUUGACAGACAGCCAUGGAUGCAGAUAGACUUAUGGACAAAGUAUCGAAUCGUGGCAAUCGCUACUCAGGGUACCUUCAACUCUUACGACUGGAUGACCAAAUACAUGCUGUUGUAUGGAGACAGACCCGACACAUGGACGCCGUAUGUCAUGAAAGGAGGCAACAUGACGUUGCCUGGCAACUGGAAUUACUACCAGGUAAAGAGGAACGUCUUUCAUUAUGCAUUCACUGCCAAACAUCUGCGUAUCUAUCCCAUGGGAUGGAAUACUGAAAAUGGAGGCAAGAUUGGCCUUCGACUGGAAGUCUAUGGCUGCCCUUACGAUUCAUAUGUGAUGCAUUUUGAGGGGAAUGAUAUGGUGGCGUAUUCGUUCCCUCGGGGCCGGAUGAGAACACGUCAGGACCAUUAUGCUUUGAACUUUAAGACCCUGGAGAAGGACGGCGUUCUCCUGCACAGUGAAGGGCUGCAGGGAGACUCCAUCAACCUCGAGCUGAAGACUGGACGGCUGUACUUACACAUCAGCCUGGGGAGUAGCACAGUCCAUAACACCAAUGGCAUGACCACAAUGAGACUGGGAAACCUGUUGGACACUCAACACUGGCACUAUGUCACCAUCAAGCGCAACGGUCGCGAGGUGAAUUUCACCCUGGAUAGUGAGACUGAGACUGUGAUACUCAAUGGAGAGUACCAAUACCUGGAUCUGGACAAACAGAUUUAUGUUGGUGGGGUGAUUGAGAAAGAUUUGCCUCACCUCCCUGGUAAGGUAAACUUUCGUGGGUGCAUGGAGAAUGUCUUCAUCAAUGGAAUCAAUAUCAUCCAAAUGACUCAGUACGAGGAGCCUGAAAUCCGACUGGCUCCUAAAAAGAAAACGAUGCAUUUUAACUGCCGGGACCUCCUCUGGAAGCCCAUGACCUUUGCGGGGCCCAACAACUACCUGCAGCUCCCCGGGUUCUUUCGGAAGAACCGUUUGGCGGUGAAGUUUAAGUUCCGUUCCUGGGACUACACAGGCCUGCUGAUGUUCACCAGGUUUGCUGAUGAUUUAGGCUCUUUGGAGCUGGGGCUCAGUGAAGGACAGGUCAACGUCACCAUCAUGCAGCCUGGAAACAAAAGAUUACGCUUUGCUGCAGGGUAUCGUCUGAAUGACGGCUUCUGGCAUUCAGUGGACCUGGCUGCCAAAGACAACUUACUGUCCAUCACAAUAGAUGAAGAUGAGAGUUCACCGCUGAAGAUCACCAACCCUUUUAUGGUCCGUACAGGAGACCGUUACUUCUUCGGGGGUUGUCCUAAGACCAAUAACACGGUUCGCUGUGUCACAAAGCUGUCUCGCUUCCACGGCUGCAUGCAGCAGAUCUUUAUAGAUGAUGAGCCUGUGGAUGUAGAUGUCAUGCUGCAGAGAAAAUGGGGCAGAUAUGCUGAAGUCCUACUGGGCACCUGUGGAAUUACAGAUAGGUGCUCUCCAAAUCCAUGUGAACAUGAAGGCAGGUGUAUUCAGUCCUGGAAUGACUUUCUGUGUGUAUGUAACAACACAGGCUAUAAGGGAGAGGUUUGUCACAACUCGGUGUACAGAGAGUCAUGUGAGGCUUACAGACUGAAUGGGAAAUACUGGUCAGGAAACUACACCAUAGAUCCAGAUCUGAGUGGACCACUGAAGCCUUUCACAGUCUACUGCAACAUGAUGCAAAAAUCAUGGACUGUUAUCGAGCACAACCGCAUGAAGAGCACCAAGGUGAGCGGCUCCACUGUGGAUCAACCGUAUAUAGGAGACCUCCAGUAUGUCAAUGCAUCAUGGGCUGAAGUCACUGCCUUAGCAAACACCUCGCUCUACUGCGAACAGUGGAUUGAGUUCUUGUGCUACAAGUCCCGCCUACUCAAUACGCCACGUGAAAGGCCGUACACUUACUGGAUUGGUCGAAAUAACGAGAGUCACGAAUAUUGGGGCGGGGCAUUCCCUGAGAGUGGAAAAUGUGGAUGUGCUGUCAAUCAAACCUGCACUGACUCCAAAUACUGGUGCAACUGUGAUGCUGACUACCGCCAGUGGCAUACAGAUAAAGGAUAUCUGUCAUUUCGAGACCAUCUGCCCGUCAGGAGGAUUAUCGUAGGUGACACAAAUCGAACUGGUUCUGAGGCCCGAUAUAGUGUGGGAGCACUGUACUGCCAUGGAGACAGGAGUAUCUGGAACACCAUAGCAAUCACCCAGCCUCAAUAUCUGACAUUCCCCACCUUCAAACCCGGCACCAGUGCCGACAUCACGUUUCACUUCAGGACCUACCGCACCAACGGAGUCUUUGUGGAAAACUCAGACGACCACCUCCGCAAUUUCAUCCGAAUAGAACUUAACUCCACAACCGAGGUGGUUUUCAUUUUCAUGGUGGGUGAUGGGAUACGAAACGUGACAAUGCGCUCUCCCAAACCUCUCAACGAUAACGAAUGGCACUACGUGGAGGCUGAAAUCAAUGUGAAAAUGGCACGUCUCAAAGUGGAUUUCCAUCCUCCGGCCAUACACAAGUUUCCAGGCCAGACCUACGUCACCAUGAAGUUCACACAACCUCUGCUUGUUGGUGCGGCCAAUCACACCUUGCGGCCCUUCUUGGGAUGUUUACGGGGCUUGCGGAUGAACGGGGUGCCUGUGGAUCUGGAGGGGAAGGUUGAUGAGGGGAUUGGAAUACGUAGGAACUGCACUGGAGCGUGUCUGAACGCUUCCAUACCGUGUCGAAACGGAGGCCAGUGCAUUGAUGGGUACUCGGCAUACACCUGCGACUGCAAUAACACGGCCUUUGAUGGCUAUUACUGUCAUUUAGAUAUCGGGGCAUUCUUUGACGUUGGGGCGUGGCUACGCUACGACAUCCGUAAGGAGCCAAUUUCCUUCGAUGCGUGGUGGGCACAUUACUGGAUCGAGCCACACUGGCACCACUUCAUGCUCGGCUACAAUACGACAACAGAUGACAUAGAGUUCAGCUUCAGCACAACACAGGCCCCAGCUGUGCUGUUGUAUAUCAGCUCAUUUGGCAAUGAUUACAUCGCUGUCCUGCUCAAGAAAGAUGGUACACUAUCACUGAGAUACCGUCUCGGCAUAAUAAACUAUAAAUUUAAAUUGACUGACAGAAGCGUGGCUGACGGCUUUCCUCAUUUUGUCAACAUCACCCGACACAACUACACCGUAUGGACACAGGUGGAUUAUAUGGAUCCAUGGAUUGAGAGGUUAAUACCAGGAGAGAUUCCUAGAUUUGACUCACCGAAAUCUAUAUUUUUGGGCAGAGUCAUGGAGGUGGGAGGUGUAGACUAUGAGAUUCAGAGGCACAACAGUCCUGGUUUCAUGGGCUGUAUAUCAGGGGUCCGAUACAACAUCUUUGCCCCGCUGAGGUCUUAUUUCCGACCCAAUGUGACGAACCCACCCGUCACAACUCAAGGCUAUGUAGUGGAGUCUAAUUGUGGGGCAUUUACUCCGGUUUUAGGAUACGUCCCCUGGGAGGAUGACCCAUGGUUCACCGGACUAUUCUUUUAUUAUAUUCACGAUGACGUGACCCCGCCCUGGAUGACAUUAAUCGUGACCGUGUCUCUAAUGCUACUCUUCCUGAUCCUGUACGGCCUCUACAUCUACCUGUACAGGUAUAAAGGCAGUUAUCACACUAAUGAGCCCAAACAGCUGGAGUCCCCCAGCUCCUCCCGGCCCCUCACUGACACCCUGCGCAAGGACAGAAAGAACCUGCCCGAGAUACAGGAGGAAAGUCCAAAUGAAUAACAUACAACAAACUACAGAGAUAUCUCGAAAGGAGGUGUGAUAAAUGAGGACUGAGUUACAAAUCGGUUUUUUUAUUUAUGGUUUGCAUUUUAUGGUAAUGUAUAUAUUUCUUUUCUCUCCCUUGUUUUUUACAGUGUAUCUGAUAUCUGGUGCUUUUUGGCAGGGUUCAAACAGGACAGGCUAGAGAUCAUUGACCAUUCAAUCUAUAAGCACUGGCAGUGUGUGCGUGGGCCAACUGAAGUGCCUCUGUAACAUAACAGGAAGCUUUGAGUAGAUCAAUAAGUUGUCAUUUGGCUCAUUUAUGUUAAAUGGCAAAAUAAGCCCUUAAAGCACCACGGUACCUAAGCGCUAUUUUUGCCGGGUUUAAAUCCCCAUCUAGAUAACAUUAAAAGAUGUGAUUCUUGACCAAUGAGAAGACAUUUCUCCUAAUUCGGCCGUCUCCCAUGCCGGAACCUUCGCCCGUUUUUAACGGCUUUUCUUCUCACAGCGUUUACGCCCAUUUUAAUAGCAUCGUUCAAAAACGACAGUGAGGAAGAAUGUAGCUGAAAGGGGAGGUUUCGUGACGCUUUAAGUGUAGAUCAUAGUGAGUUUGCUAGUCAAGUUAAUGCCAGAGAAUCUAAACAAAAUGCACAAAAACCUUCACUUUUGAACUUUUGAAGAAGACAUCACUUCAUGAACACUUAGUAUGAAGGCAGUUGCUUAGAAAAAGCUUAUACUACUUAGAACAACUGGGUUCUUGUGUUGUACUGUAGCACUUAGACAAGUUGACAGGUCUUGGUUUCGGCCUUGAGUUCUUUAGCAAACUUGCUUGUGACAAACAUCAGAUAUCAUUCGUGAGGACAUUUCUGUCAAAAUUACACACAUUGUCUCUCAGGGCUGGUUACGGUCAUCAUGAUUCAAUCCAUCUCACCACUGCUACAGCAACACACACCAGCCUUUCCAAGCCAUUGUCUGUCUGUGCAUUCUCAAUACAUUUCAGCAAUAAAGGACUAGGAAUCUAAUGAUGAAAAUCUGUUUAUACCUUAGAAAGCGUACACAAGUUGAGACAAAGAAAAGCUUUAUUGUGUUCCAGUAUGUCCAGUGGAAAUGAUGUUACAGAUGAGAGUGAUGAAGUCUACGGGGCUGUGUCCACCGAGGCGCAUUUACGCAGCUGAAAACAGCAGGAGUUCGGCCGAAAACGUCCACUGCAGGCGCAGAAUUCUGCCCAAAGUUGAGCAUUUUUCAACUUGUGAGAAAAACGCAUUGCACCAGCGCUGGGCACGAAAAAAAUAAGUCAACUGAUGGCUAUUUUUAAAAGCGCAGCGUUUCCGUUGAAAACAAUCGAAAAAACACAUCAGCCGCAGGCGUAAACGCCUCGGUGGACACAGCCCGUAAGCUGUCUAUGUGUUUUUAAGGGCAUACCUUCUGUAGGCCAAAGUAGAAUGCUUUUGUUAUAUUCGUAUACAAUGAAAACGUAUGUUAUGUACUAUCCACGUCACAUCCAGAUCUGUUAUUUAAGAAAAGGUUCUUCAGACUGCACAUUUUUAAUAGCGAGCCAUCUGAAACGUAAAGACGACAGCAGGUAUAGAAGCUAUGUGUUGGUUUGUAGCUUUCAGAAAAUGCAUCGGGUUCUUUAAUGUAACAAUCUAGUGUGUAUAGGUGGUUUAAGAUGCCGAAAGUACCGAAACAGUCCUCCAGCAUGCUCUGAAAACAAAGGCACAAAAAGGUUUCUUUAGGUUUCUCUGGUUAUUGACAUAAACACUGAGCAGUUUAGCACAAGCCUGGUUAUCGUGGUCAGUGGGCUUUACACAUCACAGACAGGACAGAUUCUGUGCAUGAUGGACACCUAUGUAAAGUUAUUUUUUUAUCAUAUCAAACCGUGCAUUUGCUAGGAAACAUCUACUGCUGCUGCUUGUUCUAGCUGCUUUUGAUGGCCAUCCUAUUCAGAGCUUAGAAUAAAAUAGCCAUUUAAAUCAAGAGCAAAUAAGAUAGGACGUAUUUAUAAUGUUUAGAAGCUAUGCAUUUUGCAUGACUAUACUGCACUUUUUCAUCCAAAUGCAAUAAGAAAAAGAAUCUGCUGCUUCCAGGCCAGGCACAUGUUAUUUAGUCUGUUUCUUUUAAAGAACUUUAAGAGCUUUAUCAAAGAGGUCGCAUAAUGCUCAAUCACAGAUUUUACUGUUUAUGUUUAUAUAAAUAAACUGUACUUCUCUUGUAUCCGUCACACUUUAUUUAAAGGUCCAAUUCUCGCUAUUAACAAACCAUUAACUACGACUUUUGCCUCAGUAAACUCCUAAUUUGGUGCUUAUUAAUAGUUAGUAUGACAGUUGUUAGGUUUAGGGUAUUGGGUAGGAUUAGGGAUGUAGAAUGUGGCCACGCAGAAUAUGUGCUUUAUAAGCGCUAAUAAACAGCCAACAUGCUAAUAAUAUGCAUGCUAAAAAGCCACCUGUUAAUAGUGAGAAUUGGUCCAUGUACUAAAGUGUUACCCUUGUAUCAUUAUAAUUUCUAUUGAAAACUAAAGGCAGGCAGGUGUGAGUAUUUUGAUCAGAUCUCAGAGUGACUUUAACUUCAUGACCUUGGCCAGGUUUAUAAAACACCUCUUUUGUGUUGUCUUCUGUGUAAUUUUGUUUGAUCAAAUGUAUCCCUCAUUCUUGUACUUCUCUGUCCUCACAUCCGUUUAUUUGUAUUCAUUUUGAAGUUAACCUUAAGUGUAAACAAUGAAAUGCUGUUGUAAUGUAAAAUAUUCCGGUCAAGCAGAACAUAUGUAAAGAGUCUUCCCAUGCCUGACAUAUUCUUCUUUUUAAGUUUAUGAUCAAUUAUUUUGAUAGCAGCAAACUAUGUUAAUCGAUAUUAUUAAACACGUUAACUGGCAAGUGUCAAGAUGAAGCAACUUCUCAGUUAAUGUUAAUGGAAAUCAAUGGUUUCUGAAGAAGGUGGAUAGUCGCCAUAUUAGUGUAAUAAAAACAAGAAUGAACGUCUUGUUAGGGAUGGUGUUCAACACUUGCGUGUAUGUUUGUAUAAAUGAGGUAUUUUGUGUAGUUUCAGAUGCAGUCAAUUGGAACCGUGACCUCAUUAACAAUUUAACUGAAUGUUGGUGGAAACCACAUUGCUUAGCUUGUGGCUGUCCAUUUUUGUUUCUUUUUAGCAAAUGUAUCAAUUAAAUUGAAAAACAUUACACAAACAUCUGUAGUAAAAUAACCUUCCAUGUAAAUACACUUAUUCACUGUGAAAUAUUUUCUUUAUUAAUGGUUUCCAAAUGCACUACAUGUUUAGUCCAUGGAGGUGAUACCCGUUCAACCUUUAUGAUCACUGUGCCCUUGAGCACUUUAACACAGGUUGCUUCAGGUUAGUUUUCGUACUGCAGGAUUUCAAAGGCUUAUAAUUCUCUACUGUUUGAAAGCCAAAAGCUAAAGAUGAACUAGUUUCGUGGGAUCCCUCAAAAGCAAUUUCAGUUUAGUGGAUAUGUUGAGCACUUAUUUUCUCUAUUUUUUAGUUUUGUUCUGGUUUUGUUUGUGUCAAACUCGUAAAUCAUCAUGGCUGUAUAGAAUCAACACAAAUCCCCAAAUGACACUUUAAUAAAAGCGCCUGA